GUGCCACUGUAUUCCAACCUGGGCGACAAGCGAGACACCACCUCAAAAAAAAAAAGAUAUUGGAAAUACAUAUGAUGGCAAAUAAGUUUUUAAUAGAAGAAAUGGAGGAUAAAGCAGAAUAUGAAGACCCGGAGGAAAGAAGAAAAGUUAAGAACACUGGAGUUGAAGCCAAGACAUCCACCGCCAGAAUAUCGGGAGUGUCAGAAAGAGAACAAAGAGGAAGGAGGGGAGAAAAUGCCCCUGUGAUCCAGGAUAAGGAGCAUUCAGAUUGAAAUUCCCAGCACAGUCAAUGAAAAACACCAGAGUCUACAUCCUUGGAAAAUUCUAGAAUCUGAGGGAUAAAAGGAAACCCCUAAGAGCCUUCAGAGAAAAGUUGGACUCACACCCAGGGCACCCGGAUCACAGAGCACUGACUUCUCGCAAGUACUCAGGAAGUGAGAAGACAAUGAAGAAAUGUCUCUAGACUUGUAGAUUUCUGAGGGACAUGAUGUCUAGAAUCAUCUGCCUAACCACAUGAUUAACCAAAAGUAGGAGAGAAUAUACUUCAGCAAAAUGUGGCCGUCAGCCCAGCCGGAGGACGGGACAGGAAUGAGGGUGGCCUGGAUGGCAGCGACACGGGCAGCCCAGACUAGAGCUGGGCAGGGAGGACCUUCCGACGGAUGGUCGGGGCCGGGUUCUGACUGUGCUCUCAGAAUAACGUGAGGCUGAAUUACGGUCCUAGAAACCUAAGCAAAAGGCAAAACAGAAAACCAAACUUGAAACAAUUUUUAAUUUCAAGAAAAAAAGUGCACCAAGAAAGGAAAUGUAAUCACAGUAGGCCCUGUGUCUCAUCUGAGAGCAUGUUUACCUGCGUCUAAUUCCGAAAUCGAUCUGGGGCUGACCCAGCACUGUGAUGCGUCUGUUGGGAGGAUGGCGAGACAUGGUAGGAGAGCCAGGUGUCAGGCUUCUACAGUGAUGACAGCAGUGGCACAUGCCACAUGUGAACAGACUACACAGGAUGUGUGCCGGUAACCCACCGCAGUCUCUGAGGCAGGCUGCUAACUGUGACUUCAUUUUACAGUUGAGGAAGCUGAGGCACAGAGACAUUAUGUGAUUUGCCUAAAGUCACACAGUUCAAGUCUGCUUUAGAACCACUGUGCUCACCCACUUUAUGGGUAAAAAGGCAAGACAUGAUUUAAGACAUCAAGAAGUAGCAGUGUAAGUAACAAUACAGAGAUAAAUGCCAAACACAACAGUUAAAAGCCUUAAAAGUGCUGCCUCCAGGGAGUGGAAAGGGGUAGGAAAUUUCAUUUUUCUUGUAAAGUGAUCUAUUUCCAUUAUGGACACGUGCCAUUUUAAAACACUGCGUCAGGGAAAGCCAGGCAGGCACCCGGCUGUGGAGAGCUGGUCUGCAGUGUGACUACAGCCCUGCCUGGCUGGCUGGUCCUAGGUCGCCACCAGCCUGGGACCGAGCUUCCUCACCUGCAGGCGCUGGACUGGGCUGUUUCAAAGUUGUCUUCUGGCUCUUCAUGUUCCAGCAACAGACAAGACCAGUGAUUUAGAGAGCACGUGCUAUAGAGAAAACCAGACAGGGUGAUAUGACCGAGUGCGCCCAGCCCCAGGUCAGGCGCUGUGGGGGCAGGAGCCACCUGUGCAAGGUGGGGGAGGGUGCAGGAGAUGAGGUGGGAGAAGUGAGUGUGCUGCAAGAGACUGACAGGGACCCUCUGGGUGCUGCACUAGGGACAGGCUCCAGGGAAACAAAGAAGCCAGGGGCAGAGGCAGGUGGUGGGGGAGGAGAGCAGGGGGCAGAUGUGGCAGAGGAAACGUGGAUGGGUCUUGGGGCUGGGAUGCAGGUGUGGGAGGGACGUGAGUCCUUCCAAAUGCUGAGUCCCCAGGGUGGCUGCGCUGCAGGAUCCUGACCGUCAUUACCCGACAGGUGCUUCUUUCGGGCUGGCUCCUCGCCCACUGCUGUAGGCAGCCCCUUCCAUCCAGUGCUCGCUCCAGACUCCAGCGCUGCUCUCAGCUGGGAACUUUUGUCACUUGCCUGUAUACCAUCCUCCGUUUCCCCAGCAGCUGACUCCUGGCAACUUUAGGCCCGAGCACUCGCCUCUUCCUCUUCCCUCAGCACCGCCCUACCCCAGGUUCUCCUUCAUUCACAUCUGGACUUUCCUAUUCCGGCAUGCCCCCAGGUCUAAACUGUGUCCCCACGCUGGCUGGGGUGUCCCAGGGCUAUCGCAGGGCCAGGCCUGUGGGGUGCACGUCUGGCCAGCCAUGUGUUUUUCCCAAGGCCACACCUUUCCUAGUAAAAUGUGCCUGAAAUCUGGGGAACACUGAUGUCACACAGGCUGGUGACAGAACCGAGAGGCAGCAGGGGCACACCUGAAGAGCAAAAUGAGCCCUAGACCCCCAGAGCAGCUCUUGUUUGCUGAGAAGAAAACAGAAAUCCCGAGUUCAGUGUGACUUCUCCAAGGGCCAUUUGUCCACAGGAUUGGUGGCAAGCACCAGUGUCCGGGGGCAUUUCUAGCUGGUCACAAGCCGCUGCUGGUACCUGGACAGCCGCCUUCUUGUUUGCCUGCCCCUGCAGUCCCGUCUGCAAAGCCCAUCUGAAGGAAUCGCCACACAGGCCGUCACCUCAUGGCAGGGGCACACAGGGCAGUGGAGCGAGGAGCUCCCACCCCCUCAAUGUUCACUUCCAUUUUUGUUUGAGUCACUUUCACACAAAUCAGCAAAUCACUUCGGUCAUUAUGUAACAGUCUAGCCCAGACCCAGGCAAGUGGUAAAUAUUUACCUUCACGCUUGAGCCAAGGUCACCACAGGGAGUCACCAUGAAGCACCAUUGCCCUCUAAGACCUUGAGAGAGGAAACAGCAGAAGGCCUGGCUGCCAGAGCUCCACUGGGACAGACGGCAAGGACCCGAGUUCCCGGGAACUUAGCACUGAAACCUGUGUUCUCACUGUAGCCAGAUAACAGCUCUGCCCGAUGGCCCUCCUCUUCGUGUACGGCACCCUGAAGCGGGGCCAGCCCAACCACCGGGUCCUGCGGGAUGGCGCCCACGGCUCCGCAGCCUUCCGGGCGCGCGGCUGCACGCUGGAGCCCUACCCGCUGGUGAUCGCGGGGGAGCACAACAUCCCCUGGCUGCUGCACCUGCCCGGCUCGGGGCGCCGCGUGGAGGGCGAGGUCUACGCGGUGGACGAGCGGAUGCUGCACUUCCUGGACGACUUCGAGAGCUGCCCUACCCUGUACCAGCGCACGGUGCUGCGGGUGCAGCUGCUGGAGGACCGGGCCCCAGGCGCGGAGGAGCCGCCUGCGCCUGCCGAGGCGCAGUGCUUCGUGUACAGCACGGCUACCUUCCCGCCGGAGUGGGCCCAGCUCCCGUACCACGACAGCUACGACUCUGAGGGGCCACACGGGCUGCGCUACAACCCCCGGGAGAACAGAUGAGCGGGGCAGGCAGGGUGGGCCUAGGCCUGAGCCUCCUGGGGCUCCAAGAUGCUCCCAGCCCAGCCCAUGCUGGGUGAAGGCGGAAGCAGAACAGAGCCCUUUCCAAGGAAUCCACGGGAAAAGGAGCCAAUAUUUCAGUGGCAUCUGAUUUUACAAAUAAUGUUGACAUGUAAGUAGCAAGCUGGUUCCCUCCCAUCUUUCUACCUGAUAAGAAAAAUGUAGGAUUUUAAUUCCCCUAAAUGGCAUUUAGAGAAUUUGUGUGAUCAUGCCCAAUUCUUCUUACUCUCCUCUUCCUCCUUGUUCUGUUGCUUUUGUGUGCUCCGCUUUGAGCUCAAGAUAACAUUUAGGAUCACUGUAAAAGACUUCGUGUUGCAGCUAGAUUUCAGCAGCGCUACUAGACUGAUUGUGGCCUGUAGCCCCUGAGAGAGCUGAUUUUAGGCGGCUGGGUAAAAUUUAUAAAGAAGUCCACAGGGAAAGCAUGCCAUGUAUCAGAAUGUGUACAGCACCAUUCUUCAUAUUUUUUAUAUCAAGCUUCACAGCAAUAUUAAAGGUUAUUUAAAAUUGAAGUCAGUGUUUUGGGAAAUCAAAUAUAAAAGUGUUGGUGCUGGGUCUGACCCCCACUUUUUUUAGUAUACUUAUUUAGUAGAGGGUUCUUUACAUUCUGGUCCAAAAAAAUAAUGAACACCCACUUGCUGGGAGACACAGCUGAGCACCCGGGCUCAAGUGGAAGUUUAUCUGAGCCCAGAUCUCAGCAGUCAGGCCCCAUCCCUGCCCCCUGAAGGGAGAGCAUUUGGGGGUGGUCCUUUCAGAGAAGAGCCAACGCAUUAGUAAUUUGCUCUUCAGGCCUGACAGAAGGUUAGCUUCCAAAUACAAAUAGCACUUAAAAUAAUUUUAACAAAGCACGAAGUACCAAUUACUACCCACCUCCAUCUGAUAAUUGUCAGCAUCGACUCAACUUGGUGCACGGCUUUUUGCUUCUGCUUCCCAGCAAAGUCUGAAACGUAGUCCAAGAAUUUCAGAACCAAAUGAAAAUGCAGCUGCUGUGAUCCUCAGUAACCUCGUUCUCUGUUGGGAGAGCUCACUUACUCUUCAACUUAAUGGUAGACUGUGAUCGCUAACUGCAUCUGGUACAAAAGCAUGAUCAUUAUUUUUAGCUUCUUUUGCUUAAUUGGAAACUUGCUUCACAAAAAAACACAGAAAGGCUGGGAUGGUCUCAGCUGAUCAGCUUGUGGCAGCCCCAUCCUUGACGGGGUGGGUAAGGCCCCCCAAGCACCCUGUGACUGCCCCGCUUGUGCAAUGGGAAAGGGACCAGACAGCAUGCUCACUCUCAAAAUAGUGCAGACGGAGCACCCCAGGCUGCCAGGAAGCCUCAAGGUGACCUCCAUAGGGGUCAGCCAUCAGCACCACACCCACAUAGAGAGCCACAGCAGGAAGGGGAUUGCCUAAAUCUGCAUCUGCACUCCCCAGUCCUUAAGAAGUUAUGAAAAUCAGCACCAGGAGUGAGGGCCUCACUUCCAGAAGAAGGCAGGCAAUGAGAUGAAAAAAAGUCAAGUGCUAAUAAAGCCAGGCAGAGAAAUGACAUUUAUAGCAAACUUCCAAAAGGAUCACAAAGAAAUGCUGGUGGUCCACUGGCAGAGCCUGUUGCCUAAGUAUACAUUGUCUUCAUUCAAAAAAAGGGGCGAACUAAUAGUUAGACAAACGCUGUUUUAUUGUUUUCAGUUUGACACUAGGAAAUCUCACAGGAGAAGUACAAAUCAUACGUACAGCAUUUACAUCAAUGAAAAUUUCCAUUGGUGAUUUUUUUUGGCAGAAUAUUGGUCUUGAUUCUGUGUAAUAUGACGAUGUAAAACGUAGCUGCAUGGGAGUGUUCUGUAAAAUGCCUGAAUCAAUUGUGUGAAAGCAUCACGCAAAUGGUGAAUUAAUUUGGGUGAUGACUGAAA